AUUUACAUUUUCAUCAAGUACCGACUGCUCUGGCACUGAAAAUCAGGACCCUAACUAUUUAAAUUAAAUAAUUAUCAAUAAUUUUAUGACAUAAAUAAAUUGCAGAUAUUUUAAACAAUGGGAGUAUUAGGACUCUGGCAAUUAUUAGCUCCCGUUGGCCAGCCAGUUACUCUAGAGUCAUUAGAAAAUAAAAUCUUUGCUGUGGAUAUAAGUAUAUGGCUAAAUCAAGCUUUAAAGGGUUAUAGAGACUCCCAAGGAGGAUCUGUACCAAAUGCUCAUCUUCUUAGUUUAUUUAGUAGGUUAUGCAAAUUGCUUUUUUAUAAAAUAAGACCUGUAAUAGUUUUUGAUGGGGGUUUUCCUGAGCUAAAACGACAAACCAUUAUAAACCGUCAACAGCGAAGAGCAGAAAGUAAAGCAAAGAAUAGAGACAGAGGUUUAAAAAUUUUAACUAAUUAUUUAGCGUCUCAAAAUCUGGCUGUUGCAGGCGGAAGUGGCUCAUCAUCUCAGCAAAUUAUUAAACCUAAAGAAAAGGCACGAGAUGAAAUUUUUAAAUUGCCACCAAUACCCGAACCAGCAUUAGAUGGAGGCUACGAAACAUCCGAUACUGAUUUGAUAGAAUGGAAAUUUACUAAUUUUAGUAAAGAGGAUAUAAAAUACUUGAAUCAAAUCGACAUAAAUUCUGAAGAUUUUGAUAAUCUUCCUCCUGAUGUUAAACAAGAAAUUUUGAGUACGUUAAAAGAAAGCAGGAAACAUCGAACAUGGGAACAAUAUGUCGAACUUCCUGAAGAAUCCAAUGAAUUUUCAAAGUAUCAGAUGCAGUGUUUACUUAAAAAGCGAAACUUGUCUAAGAAAUUAGAAGAAGUUCAAAAAGAUUUGAGAAAAGUCAAUUCUGCUGAUUUUAUUGCUCAGUACACAAAUGAUCAUGUGGUUGGUGAAACUAAUAAAAUCAUGUCUGAUGAUACUUCACAUUAUGUCCUAUUGAAAAAAAUCAUACACAAAAAAGAAAAGUCAGCUGAUCAAGAAUUAAAUGAAGAUACUUUAAAUGACUCAAUGGCUGAAACAAAAAACACUUUCAUUAAAGAUAUGGAAAAUAUUGAUGUAGAUAAUUUAGGUGAAUAUGAAACCAUAACUAUUAAACAGAAACAAGAUAAUAAAAUAAGUGCUACUAGAAAUGAGAUUGAAGUGAAACAAGAAAGUUGUUUCUUUGAUAAUUAUAGUGAAGAAGAUGUUGAUGAUCCAAAAGAAAUCCAACUUCUAAAUACUGAAGAUUUGUCAUCUGUAACAGCUUCAUUGCCUCUGAAACCAAAGAAUGUAGAAAAGCAAAGUUAUGAAACCAUUGAAGAUAUAGAGUCAUUUUUAUCUAACCCUAAUUGGGAAACAACUUUAAAGUCUGAUAAUAUAACUGAGCAAAAUAACAUUCCUGGUGAUAUUACUGAAAAACAUAACAUUUCUAGUGAUGUCACUGAACAAAAUAUUUUUGACGAUGCAACACAGAAUGUCAAAGUAUUUAGUGAUAAUCAUGUUUUGAAUUCAAACUCUCAAAAAGAAACUUCUAAUUCUAAAGCAACUACACUAUCUGCUAUGCAGAACAUUAUAUUGGAAAAUAACAAAGAUUUAAAUUCUAUUCCUCAUCAGGAAGUCUCAAAAGAGUCUGAUUGCAGCAAUAUUUUUGGUGAUUCAAUAACUUCUGAAAGCAAACUGAAAUCACCAUUGAAAAGUAUUCCUUCAAACUUGAAAAAUAAUACUAUUGAUAUUUGUUCCAGUGAGGAUGAAUUGAUACCUUGUGAUGAAGAUCAAGAAUCGGUUGCAAGCAAUGUUCCCGCAAGAAACACGUUCAUAAAUGAAAAAUUUAUUGAUAUUUCUAGUAGAGAGCAACAUAUCUCAGAUAAAACUUCUGUUGAAGAAUCUCUUUGUGGCACUGAAAGUAAAAGUUCUAUAUUAGAUGAUCCUGAAAACUAUUCAUAUGAUGAAAAUGUUUUACCAUCCACAUCCAAAAAUAAUUCUCUUUCAAAAGAAGAAAGAGAAGCUGCCUUAAUGCAAUUGCAAAAUGAUCUAGAAACUGCCACUGCAGUUCUAGAAGCUGAUCAGGCAAAAACAGACAGGCAGAACAGAACAGUUCAAGAACAUAUGGUAGAAGAAUGUAAAGAACUUCUUCAACUGUUUGGAAUCCCGUACAUUGUGAGUCCCACUGAAGCAGAAGCUCAGUGUGCCUUUUUCGAUUCUGCGAACAUGACUCAUGGAACAAUUACUGAUGAUAGUGAUGUGUGGCUCUUUGGUGGCAAAAGAGUGUACAAAAACUUUUUCACUCAACAGAAAUAUGUUGAAUUUUAUAAGGACAUUGAAGUGUUCAACCAUUUCAACUUAAGUCGCAAAAAGCUAAUAAAUUUUGCAAUGCUAACUGGCAGUGACUAUACUGAAGGCAUUGAUGGAGUUGGUCCAGUGACUGCGAUGGAAAUCUUGAGUGAGUUUCAUGGAGAGGAUAUUGAGGUAUUGCGUGAUUUCAAAGAAUGGUGGACAAAUGCCAAUAAAAAUAUUACCACUCCUGACAAUAAAGUUCGCUCAAAGCUGAAAAAACUAGUUCUUGAUUGGAAUUUUCCUGAUGAAAAAGUGUUUGAUGCUUAUCUAAAUCCAGUUAUUGAUCACUCUACUGAUAAGUUUACUUGGGGUCGACCUGAUUUGGACGCUCUACGGGAGUAUACUAGAGAACGAUUUGGAUGGAAUAAAAUUAAAGUUGAUGAUGCUUUGCUACCUGUUAUUAAAAAGCUUAAUGAAAGGGAGUCCCAGACUCAUUUGGAUAGUUUUUUUACUGUUAAUUUACAAAAACAAACUAAUUUAUUUCCAAGCAAACGUAUAAUGUCUGCUUUAAAGAAGAUGACAUCACCAGAAAGCAAACAACUUGAUAAAAAAGAAACAAAAUGCACCAAGAGAAAAUCUAAUGCUUCCAAAAAAACUACAGCUAAGAAACUAAAAAAAAAAUCGACAGCUAAGGAAAUAAAGAAAAAGCCUAAAGUUCAAAUUCAGGGACCUGUUUUAAGUGAAGAAAGUUCAGAUGAUGAAUAAAAGUUUAAAAACUUUUCUUUAUUGACUAUUGCAAGAUCAUUAUAUUUAUUAAAAUUGUGUAUAUUUGUUUAUUUAUUGUUUUUCAAGCAGAAAGUAGUUUUUAAAAAUUUUUAUUUUUUUUAUAUAAAUUAUGCUUGUAACACUGAAAUUUGUUGUUCAAUGAAAAUGUCUCUACAAAAAUGUAUGUUCCA